AAGGCUGGGGUGGGGACUUGGUGCUUCCUCCUCCUGGUGGGUGCUGUGAGCCACGCCAUCCCUAUGGGCUCUCCCCAGCAGAGCUGUGGGGUGACCCCGUCGCAUCCUGCAGGUGACAUGUCCCCGAUGCCCCGCAGUGAGGGGGACAUGGCCCCAGCCCCGUGUCCUGCCUCUGGUGGGCUGCGGUGCAGGGCUGUCCUGCUGCUGGCUGUCUGUCUGUCCGUCACUGCCCUGCCCCACGGCCUGGGCUCCCUGGUGGCUCCAUUGCCUGGCCACUUGCCCCAGAGGGGACACGGGGACCCACACAACCACCCCACGAUGGAGCCACCUGCAUCUGAGGGCACCUCGGGCUGCUCCUGCGGUGAAGGAAACUCCAAUCAUGGCAUGGGAGCUGCGGGACUGGCCCUGGGGACACCAACUGGAGCUGUGAUGCUGGUGGACAACAGUGUGCCCACAUCUGACCUGACCACAUCCAGUGGCUUCUCCGAUGUCCAGCAUGAAGCUCCUGGAGCCCCAGCGAGGAGCCCCGAGGGACAGGAGCGAGCCGUGAGCCCCAGCCCUGUCCCCUGCCACCCUGCAAGUGGUGUGGGUGAGGACCAUGCUGCUGCUCACCCGCAGCCCCCUGUGGGGCCGUCCCCAGCCCUGCCAUCAGAGGAGACAUCUAGCUGGGCUGGGGCUCGUCCUGGUGCUGCUCCGGUGCCUUCUGUCCCUGCUGUCACACCAGUGGGGCACUGGUCCCUGGGCACUGUCUCUGUGUCUCCUCCCAGUGCCAUGUCCCCUCGUGUCAGCCACCCGCAGGUGCUGGUCCCUUCGGAGGGAAUCAGGGGACCUGCUGUCACCUUGGAGGAGCAAACUGAUCCAUCCCCACCACCCUCCAAAGCCCAUCCUGUCCCUGUGUGGACGUGGGUCCCCAGCUCCUCAGGUUCCGCUGAGGCUGGGGUGAGCUCGGCAGCCCCUGGUGCCACCAAAGCCCCCCAUGAGGAUGGAGCAGCUACGGGGGCUUCCUGGCCUCCAGAACCCACGCUGGGCUCUGUGCCAUCUCCCAGCUCCAGCACCCUUGCUCCCAGGCACCCCCCCAGCACCACCAGCUCUCCAUCCCCAUCCCACCCACCGGCUUCCCCUGCCCCAAGCUUGCAGACCCCAGCAGUCACACCUGCUGCUCAUCCCAUGUCCAGUCCUUCUCCUGUCACCUCCUGGCACCCCUAUGAUAUCCCCACGGCCACCAGCUGGGUGGCAGCAGGAGGAACCCUCACUGCAGAAGCCACAUCAAGGAGCGAUCCUGGCUCAGUGGGGGCGCAGCCUCCUGUGCGCACCCUGCCCCUGAGCUUCAGGCUCCUGGGCAUCGCUUACACAGAGGCUCUGAGCCGCAAGGCCUCGGGGAGCUACAGGCAGCUGGAGGAUGAAGUGAAGCUGAUGCUGGGCCAGGCACUGUCCUCCUACGAGACCUUCCUCCAGGCCAACGUCCUUGAGUUCAGGAAUGGCUCGGUGCUGGUGUGCGGGGAGAUCUUGUUCCGGGGGGAUGCCCCCAGCAGCUCCCACCUCAUCCGCACGCUGCUUACGGAGGCGAGCAGAGCAGGGGACACCUUCAGCUGGCGGCUGGAGCCCCGCUCCGUCUGGUCUGGAGGCUUCAGCUUGGAGAACCUGGACCCGGAGAAGCUGUCCAUCUCUCUCACUGCCCUCCAGCUCGGCCAGAAUGGGGCAGAGCCCCUGGUGAGCGAGGUGAUUCGGGCUCUCAGUGCCCUCUACCCUGUGAGGAACUUCACCAUCAGCCGCCUCAGACCCCUCAGGGGUGACCUGGAGGUCACCGGGGAUGUCUACCUGGACACGGCUGUCCACACCGAUGUUGCAGCAGUGCUGCGAGCCCUGACGGUGCUCACCAGCAGCUCCGUGGACCUCAGCUCCCUCUCGGUGCAGGGAGCCAGGCUGCCCCUGCGGGUGUACCCCGUCUCCUUCCUCGUCACCAACAGGCGCUUCAGCGAGCGCCUCCUGGACCCACUUGCUGCGGAGCACCGGGGGCUCGCCAGAGACCUGGGAGAGGCGGUGGCGAGAGCCCUAAAGGGGCACAGGAGCUUCCUGCAAGCAGUGAUAAGAGGAUUUCUGCCUGGCUCCCUGUUGUGCCAUGGGGAUGUGCUCUUCCAGCCCCCCACUCCCACCAGCCUGGAGGUCCUGGAGGCGCUCGCCCUCUCCGUAGGGCCAGAUGAAGCCUUGGCUGGCUCCAACUUCCAGGUGGACCCCUAUUCCAUCGCUGUUGGAGAGGACACCUUGGAGCCCCCCCCUGCCCCCGGCUUUCCUGAGUCCACAGUGGCCAUCAUGGUCGUGUGCAUCCUUGGCAUCAUUACCGUGCCCAUCGUCUUGCUGGUGUGCCUGAGGACCAAGAGGGGCAGCUGGAGCGAUGUGGCUGUCCUGUGGAACAGAAGAGACCCUGAAGUGGGGACGCAGACCCUGGAGAUGGAGAACCAAGGGUUCUGGGUGGCCUCUGAGCAGGACACAGAGGAGGCUCCUGCGUGCUGGCAGACGGACUCUUCCUGAUGAGGGAAGGAGCUGCUGGGCUGAACAAGGCAAGGAGAAAUGCUGCAGCACUGUCCCUGCUCCCGCUUCCCUGCGGGAUGCCAGUUGUCUCCUGAGAAGGACGCAGUCCUGGUAAAACUCUGUACGGUGACCUUUAAUAAACUGUUUGUAGAACCCCACACCCACCUCUCCUGCAUGGGAUUCAGUGUUUUGUGGGGCUUGCCAUUCACAUAGCCUUAAGAGCUAAGUAGGGCUUGGGCAGCCC